GCCCGGCGGCGGCGCAGCGAAGAUGGCGGAGUCCGGCGGGGCCGAGUUCGCCGCGGAGCGGCCGAGCAGGAACAGCGGCGCGUCUCGCACACAGGUGUUGGUAGGGCUCAUUGCCUGGUGCUGGGAAGCGUCUCAGUGUGGGGCGUGUAGCAGUGAGAAAUGGAAGUAAUUUGUUUCAGGGCCGUGAUAAAUCACCCGGGCUGGAGCUGCGGCAGUUCUGUUCCCUGAGCUGGAGCUCCGUGGCGUUCUCUAUCGCUGCGUGUUUGUUUUCUUUGAUAAUUUUAAAUUAAAGCCUGGUGAGAUCUGGAUCCUGCUUCUCGUUGGUCGUUAAGUCUCCCAUUUUAAAGGAUGGAUUUAUCGGAGAGUAAAUCCAUCAGGGAGCCUGUGGGGAGAAACCUGAUGGGGAACAUUGGAUACGCUGCAUAGCCUGUAUAGAUCAGGAGGAGAAUUUCAAGGGCAUGCCCGACCAACUCGCGAUUCCUUCUUAGCUGCUUCUGCUUCUGACUUUUCUGCACUUCCUGAGCGUUCGCUCUCUAGGGCAAAGGACGAAGUCCUCCCUCGCCGCUACACGCGCAUGCCAUCUCAGCGGUACUCAAGCAGCACGGGCAGAAUUUCCAUCUUUGGAAUUGCGACCGCGUGGCUGCUGCUAGCUGCCCGCCAGCACGCUGGCUCCCCCAGAGCAGGAGAAUGAGCUUGUCUGCUGGGGAUCCCGUGCUUCUGUGAUACGGAACGUGCUGUGCGAGACGGCGUGGACAAAAGAGUUUCCUGAACUGCAAAUGGGUUGCAUGUUUUACUCCCAGCCCUCAGUAUCGUGUGGAGGGAGUGAUUCAGGCUACGUAAUUACCCUGUGUGUAAUGCUGUGCUCAGCGCUGCUCCCAAAGAUGUGCUUUGAGCUUGGCGAGCAGGUAAGGACAGCAGAAAUGGUGAAACCCAUCGGUGCCCUCGGUAAGAGAAGCUGUCUGUGCUGCAGGCAGCGAGAUGUGUGAACUCCGUGGCAGUGCUUGUAGAGCAGGGUCUCGCAAAGCGAGGUCCCACAAAGAUCUAGGAAAAAUACCUUUUCAGAUGCUGCAGAGGAUCUGUCGCAGAGGCCUUUAAGCAGGAAUUAAUAAUCGGGGUGCCCAGACAAGCUGCUGAGGAGGGCUGUGUGUCUCUCGAACUUGGGAUAAUUUCUGGAGGGAAGGAAGGCAACCAGGUUGUAUAAACACUUUUCAAAACCCUUGCUAAUAGCGUUACACGCUGGCGUGUUUGCUGAAAGCAAUCCCACCUGUCAAAACCAGGAUGAAUGGACGAGGGAGACCUGCAGGUCUUGCUUAUCUGAAAGUACAUGUGUCUCGGUUCACAUCAAGAGAAAGUCAACCUGAACUCCCCUAACCUUACCGCUUCUGAAGAAAGCGGUGAGAGAGAGAGCAAACGUACAGGAGGACGGGGUAAAAUGGCAACAGGGGAAGGAAGAUAAUGAUAAGGGCUGUGAGCCUGCCUUGCUUUUGUGGUAUUGAAACCUUAUAUAGCUUCAGUCUUCACUUAGGCUUUUUUUUUUUUCUUCUGAAAUUGUUCAAAGUUUGGUUUUGUGUGUUUUUUGUGUUCUCUUCUCUGCCACAUGGCAAUUUUUAAACAGAUUUAAUUGUUAGAUCUGGUAGACGCGGUGUAAAUGUUUACACUCUAAUUGAAUCACUGUAAAAAUAACUGCUGCUUUCUCUUUCAACAUUGGAAGAUUUCUGAGCUGGAGGCUUUAUUUAACCAAAAGUAAACUUCAGUGAUUUUUGAAAGGUUUUUCUCUUGUCCCCAAGUAUUGCUUGAUGUUAGCGGCUUUGAGAGGAAGAGCCUCGCAUCACGGGAUGAUGGCUAAGGCGUCUCUUGUCGCUUGUAUGGAAGAUGAACACUGAACUUGCACAGAAAUCAGUGUAGGUCAAGAAAGUCAAGAAAAGCUGUUGCAUUUCUGGGCUCCUUGGGUUUUGUUGUUCAGGCGAUGCAGUUAGGGUGGGUGGCACGAGGUGUGUGCGGAGCCAAACUGCCCGAGAAGCUGGAAAAGGUGCUGCUGUUUGGGACGGGCACACGCCUGCAGAAGGUAAGUGCAGGGGAUUCAGGUAACGAGGGAAGCGGGCUACAAGCAGCCGUGGCGGUAAGAGGAUUUGAUCGUGGAACUGAACAGGAAUUGGUGCUACAGUGCCAAGUGCUGGGGCAGCUGCUUGCAUCUGCUGCAAAACGUGAUUUCUACAGCUUGCCUUGAAGGGCUGGCCUGUGUUUCUUCCCCUGCCUGCUAUUUCGUCACUUCACGUUGCUUUUGCUCGAGAUCCCUGGCUGCUCAGGGGCAAUAAUCUGCAGGGAGGAGGUGCAGGGAGAGGAGGAACGGCGUGCUGCGGGUCACGACAGCGUGGCUGUUCUGCUCCCCGUGUGCCACAGCGCUACGGUUACAUGCACAGUGGGUGCUGUCACGUUUGUUUCAACACUGCCCAGAGUCUGCAAUCGGAUGCUGCAGAAACAGGCUGAGACGAACACUUCUCCAGGAGCCUCGCGGUCCAGUUCUGAAGUUCUCCUAAAUUUUUGCGUGGAGCCAAGGGAUCGCAUGGCUGACAAGAACAGCACCCUGAAAUGCACGUUCUCUGCUCCUGGCCACAGCACCACUCUACUGCAGGGACUGGCCUCGCUCCGAGCUCAGGCUCAGCUGCUUGAUGUCAUCCUCACUAUAAAUAAUGAAGUGUUUCAGGUUCAUAAAGUUGUCUUGGCUGCCUGCAGUGACUAUUUCAGGGCAAUGUUCACAGGCGGGAUGAGAGAAGCCAGCCAAGAUGUGAUCGAACUGAAAGGUGUAUCUGCAAAAGGACUGAAACACAUAAUAGACUUUGCGUACAGUGCUGAAGUGACUCUUGAUCUUGACUGUAUUCAGGAUGUGCUGGGAGCUGCUGUCUUCCUCCAGAUGGUGCCUGUCGUGGAGCUCUGCGAAGAAUUUUUGAAGUCUGCCAUGAGCGUAGAAACGUGUCUCAACAUCGGGCAGAUGGCCACCACCUUCAGCCUCGCAUCCUUGAAGGAAUCGGUCGAUGCCUUCACCUUUCGGCAUUUCCUCCAGAUCUCCGAGGAGGAGGAUUUCCUCCACCUGCCGCUGGAGCGCCUUGUUUUCUUCUUGCAGAGCAAUAAGCUGAAAAGCUGCAGCGAGAUAGACCUCUUCCGUGCUGCCGUCCGCUGGCUGCAGUACGACCCCGCGCGCCGUGCCAACGCCAGCCAGGUGCUCUGCCACAUCCGCUUCCCGCUCAUGAAGUCCUCGGAGCUGGUGGACAGCGUUCAGACCUUGGACAUCAUGGUGGAGGACGUCUUGUGCCGGCAGUAUUUGCUGGAGGCCUUCAAUUACCAGAUCCUGCCCUUUCGCCAGCACGAGAUGCAGUCCCCGCGCACCACCAUCCGCUCGGACGUCCUGUCCCUCGUCACCUUCGGCGGCACCCCCUACACUGACAACGACCGCACCGUGAGCUGCAAGGUGUACUACCUGCCCGAUGCCAACGUGCGCCAGUUCAAGGAGCUGACGGAGAUGGAGGUGGGCAGCAGCCACUCCUGCGUGGCCGUGCUCGACAACUUCGUCUACAUCGUUGGAGGGCAGCACCUGCAGUACCGGAGCGGCGAGGGAGCGGUCGAUAUCUGCUACAGGUACGAUCCGCACCUGAACCAGUGGCUGCGCAUCCAGGCCAUGCAGGAGAGCAGGAUCCAGUUCCAGCUGAACGUCCUUCACGGCAUGGUGUACGCCACCGGCGGGAGGAACCGCUCGGGGAGCUUGGCCUCCGUAGAGAAGUAUUGCCCCAAAAAUAACGAGUGGACUUACGUGUGCUCCCUGAAGCGCAGGACGUGGGGGCACGCUGGAGCCACGGUAGGAGACAAAUUGUACAUCUCGGGUGGGUACGGGAUUUCGGUGGAAGACAAAAAAGCCCUGCACUGUUACGACCCGGCCGUGGAUCAGUGGGAGUUUAAAACCCCAAUGAACGAACCCAGAGUCCUGCAUGCCAUGGUGAGUGCAAAUAAUAGGAUUUAUGCUCUGGGAGGCCGCAUGGACCACGUUGACCGUUGUUUCGAUGUUUUGGCUGUGGAAUAUUACGUGCCUGAAACAGACCAAUGGACAACGGUGAGCCCUAUGCGUGCGGGUCAGUCGGAAGCUGGCUGUUGUUUACUAGAAAAAAAGAUUUAUAUCGUAGGAGGGUACAAUUGGCAUCUGAACAAUGUUACGAGCAUUGUGCAGGUGUACAACACAGAAACUGAUGAAUGGGAAAGAGACCUACAUUUUCCAGAAUCUUUCGCUGGGAUAGCAUGUGCUCCCGUGAUACUGCCACAGGUAACGACCCAGAGAUAACUACACGUGACUGCGUCGGCCUGCGAAAUCACCCCGUGUUGCAUGUUACCAGGAUGCCGUGUUGUUUCUUUGUUGUUUGCAAAUGGUAUUGUGCAUUUUGUGGGUGAGGGAAAGAGAAAAAUAGCUUGCGUUCCCUCCUCCAUAAAGUCCCUCCUCCUCUCGUGUAGUGUUCUGGCAAGCGUGCUUCAUCAGAAGCACUUGUCAGCUAGUUAGACUUAACAGAUGUUACAGCUGGAAAAAGCUUUUCUCUUUUUUUUUUUCAUUUUCUGAAAGCUGGGGGGGGGUGAGUGCAUUUUGCCAACUUUCCAUAUUUUGAACAAUGUUACACGCUGCAAACACUGACAGCUCAGGAGUAACUAAGUACUGUGGUAUGUUUAAAAGAGUUCAGGUGUGAUUUUUAUCAAUCGCUCCAAACAUCAUCGUUAUGUCAAUCUGUUGUUUUCUAGCAAACAAAAACCAAAACCUGUAUAACAUACUGACCUCCAGAAGCAAUAAAGGGACAGUGGGAGCUAGAAGAGCUCAGGUGCUUGGAUUAUGAAAGCAUAUUCUUGCUUUUCAAAGGUGACUCGCUUUCUUUCCCCCCUCCAAACGGGGGAAUGCUUAUCCCUGCACACCUCUGGUCUCUGUUGGUUCUUCGUUGUUUGGAUCACACUGCACUUCCAGAUCCCCUCCUCACCCCCUCCAGGCAGCAGCAUGAUAUUCCUGUCCAGAAAUUCUCCCGUAAUUGGGGCGUCCGCAGUCUGCAGCACAAAAGCCAUGUUGAUAACUUGAUUACGUGUAAAUGGGCAUGAUUUUUUAGAACUGCCAACGACUCGGUUGGCUUCACUGGCAAUAAGAGCUCAGCAGCCGUUCAUCCAGGCUGAAGCAGGGAGCACCCAGGGUUUCUGUUCUGGGGCCCCGCUGCCUUCGCCUUUCGGAUCGCUCCACCUGCACACAUCAUCCAAACUCUCUUUGCACAGUAAAGGAGGUGGGUGCUACUUGCUCACGUGCUUGAAGGUUUUCUCCCUUGACUUGUAAAUAAGAUUCUGGGUAUCAUAAUAUGAUGGAAGUCUAAGUGGAAUGUGUUUUGUUGCCAGUGAGUAUUUUAAAUUAAGAGAUUCUUGUUAAGGUGGCUCUGUCAUUUUUGUAAAAUCUGUGUUUACUGCACAGAAUACUGUUACUUCCUGAACUUUCCUUUCCUCCAAGCCAUUUUUCUAAUUAAUUUGGCUGAUUAAUGAACUGAAAGUUUCUCCUUUUAUCAGGUAUUCUGUUUCAAGGGCUUUGUUUUGUACUUGUAUAAGUUUGAUUUUGAUGUAUGCAGCCUUCUUUUUAGAGACACUGUUGCAUUCUGCUGUUAAAUAAAUGCUCUGCUGUAACCUUUAGAGACAAUAUAUAAUGUCUGUUUUGCUGAUGAAUCAUUCAUCAGGUCUGUGUAAAGCAUGAACUCCGUACCUCAGAUUCACUGAAAGAUAUUUUUCUCUAAUAAUUAAAUCAAAGCACCUUUGGGUAUGAUACGGUGAGGGCACAUGCUCCUCAGUUAAGCUCUCCAUUCUAAAUUUUAGUUAAAAUGGUGCAUAGUUUCAUCUGUUUCUAUCUAUUUGCUGGUUUGCCAAUAAUAAAUUGAUGAAAAGUGCUUGUUGUUGUAUAGUAUGCUGAAGUCAAGUGGGCAAGCUCUGCUUUCUAGCUCUUACGCAGAUAAUUUACUCCAUUCUCUGUUCAUUUGGACUGGCAUAGAAGCUAGAAACACUGAAAAACGGUCUUGGCAGAUAACAAGCAGAUUUUGAAAGGAUGAAAUGUAACUCAAUACGAGCUUCAAAGUUACAGACUUUUUUUUAAUGCUUGCAUAUGCUUAUGAAAAGGCUACUUUCUUAGCUUAGUAAUAAAUGGAAGGUUACUUGCUUUCCUAGUUGCAGAACACGAUUAAUCUUCAUGUGAGUGAGCCGUUCCCCCAUUGUUGCCUCCCUAAAAUACUCAAGGAUUCUUCCCUGUUUUAUUUAAGCCCUCCUACCAAUAGUAUUUCUAUGGCAGCAAUUGCUGGUUUGUGUCUUCUCUAAUAACAGAAUUUUUCUGAACGUGCAGCUUUCGUGCUCACAGGCCACACCGCAGCAGAUGACUGGAGAACCCAUGUGAUGACCGUAGCUGGCAUCUCUUCAGAAGGAACUUGGGCUUUUUUGUUUUUCACUCCAAGCUUCUAAGGUACGUGUGCGUGUGGUGGGGAGGGAGAGGAUUAAAGGGGGAAAAAAAAAAAAGAAAAAUCCUUGGAAAAAUGAAAAAGCGUGUUUGGUCUCGCUUUUAGUGUCAGCCUUGCAAAAACAAACAUAACCUCUGUAUUCAUUCACAUUGGAAUGGUGGCUUUGUAGACCAAGGAUACACAAAGCCAUUCAGAAACUGUAUUUAAUAAGCAAACCAACUGUUGCCUGCUAUGCAGCAAACUUGCCUGCACUCCCAUUCCCUGGAACUGCAGAGCAGGUGCUGGGAAAGGUUUCCAGAUCCUCUCAGUGAGACCUACAACGAAGCGCUGCUGUGCACCACCUUGUUACUGGAAUGUUCUUUUCAUGGCAAUAUAAAAUAAUUAUUUUUCAUAACGUGAGCUAGACGUAUUCUAACUGUUCUAAAUUUAGCAGAGACAGGCUGAAGUAUUUGUGAAAGUGCGUAUCAUCCAUAUUGAUAAUAAAGUUUGUUUUACUCCUUUGAAGUAC